AUGUCUCUCCAGGGAAUUCACGAAUCGAUCGAUCCAGAGGUGGAUCGAUCGAUCCCACCGUAUAUGUCUGAAACGUUGAAGUACGGACCGAUCGGUCCAACCGUCUAUGGCCGAUUUGUUGUAGCCUGGACCAAUCGGUUUACCCCGUCUUCUCUCCGCUUCAGCUUUUCUCGUUCUUUCUCGACCCGAAUAAACUCAAAACUAUCUAAUCCAUUCACAAGUACCUAA